AUGGGUAUCAUUGUCAACAUGGAAACAGACCUCAAUCGCCGUGACCCUAGGGUGAUGGCGAUGCUUGUUCCCCCUCUACCUCGUACAACGCCCGAAUUCAUCGCCGCGUAUGAUAAAUAUGAAGUUAUCAUCUCAGGGGCCGGUCCUGCAGGAUCAUUGCUUAAGCUGCUUCUCUCUCGGUAUGGGCUCGGAGACGAAUCAGUUUUAUGCAUCGAGUCCAAAGACAGUAUCUUGAAAGCCGGCCAGGCGGAUGGUAUACAGCCCCGGACAAUGGAAGUUCUGAAGAGCAUGGGGCUGAUGCAUGAGAUUUUGACGGACGGUUGUGGGGUAUGGGAAGUUGCAUUUUGGAACCCCAUACAGCAGAACGAUGCAGACUCCGGCUGUAGCGUCGACAAGACAGAAUCAGGCAUUGAAAGAACGGCGAUUGUGGACGAUGUCGCCCUUCCAGCUCGAUACCCACAUGAAAUCACCCUUCACCAGGGUAAAAUAGAGCGUAUCCUAGAAGAUGAUAUGCUUCGAUACUCAAAAGGGGGUGUCCAGCGAUCUACCACUUUGCUUGAUGUACGGAUUGACGAGAAAGGAGAUCCGGACUUCCCUGUCGUUGCUGAGAUUGAGUCUGCAAAGGAUGGACGGCGAACUCUUAGGUCAAAGUAUCUCGUUGGUGCAGACGGUGCACACUCAACCGUCCGACGCUGCAUGGGGUUGAAGCUUGAAGGAGAGACCACAGAUCACAUCUGGGGUGUCAUUGAUCUCAUUGUUGACACUGACUUUCCAGAUAUCCGAAGACGAACUGUUGUCCAUUCUGACGCGGGGUCUAUCAUGGUUAUUCCUCGCGAGCAAUCUAUAACGGGAGAUUACAUCACUCGGCUUUACGUACAGGUUCCCGGUGACGUUAAAGUCAAUGAACCUGAUAUCGCAGGCGAUGGUACGAGAGCUCGGCGAGGACAGGUUACUAUGGAGAGUAUCUUGACACAGGCCCAGGAAGCCAUCAAACCGUAUUACAUUAAGCAGAGAGAAGGCACGGAGAUUGAGUGGUGGACUGCAUAUCAAAUCGGCCAGCGAGUUACCAAUGACUUUGCAAUUAAAGACUCGGUCGGAAAGCAAAGAGUGUUUAUCGUUGGAGAUGCUUGCCAUACCCACAGCCCAAAGGCCGGCCAAGGAAUGAACGUCUCCAUGAUGGACUCCUUUAAUCUAGCCUGGAAACUCGCCUACUCCGUCAACGGGCUAACACCUUCCUCCCGUUUCUCCCCUAAUCAAGCAGACAAUAUCUUAGACACCUACCAGACAGAACGUCACACUAUUGCACAGCAGCUAAUUGAAUUUGACAAGUCGUUCUCAUCUAUGUUUUCUGGAAAGAUCGGCUCAACCGAUGAGACGGGUACAGACCUCACACACGAACAGUUUCUCGAGGUGUUUAGAACGGGCAAUGGGUUUACUAGUGGCUGUGGAAUUGAGUACCCCGAGAGUGUCGUGGUUAAUAAGUCUAUGAGUGAGAGGACUGUGAUAGGAACGGACUAUUUGGCGGGUAUUCUGAGGCCCGGUAGACGUUUGUUGAAUGUCAAGCUGAAGAGACAUGCCGACGGCUGUCCGCGGGAUAUACAUGAUGAAAUCCCAACUACAGGCGCAUUCCGUAUUUUAUGCCUUACGUCAAUGGACCUGCUUAACCCUAACGGAAAAUCAAGCCAGGCUAUAACCUCGCUCUGUGGCUUUGUUGGGGAUGUAAGCCGCACCUACUCGUCCAGAAACCUCUUGCAAUUUCUCGCCAUCUAUCCUCGGGCGUUGGUGGGGCUGUCGCCAUCUUCGCCAGCCAAGGCAGUGCUGCCUACUUCAUCGUUCGUGUGGAGCGAUGUGCCCGCUUUUCUGCAUGAGUGGGCGGAGAUGAGGGUCUAUUGCUCUGCUAUCAGUGGCGAUGGGGAUGCAUACCGACAGUAUGGAGUGAGUGAAGAUGCCGGUGCCAUUGCCGUGAUCAGGCCGGACGGAUACGUCGGUGUUGUUUCAUCAUUAAGUGCGGAAGGGGUGGAUGCAGUAAAGAAGUAUUUAGGGGGAUGUAUAUGGAUGGCAGAGAAGUAG